AUGUUUGAAUCAUCAGAUUGUGAGCAUAAUGCAACACAAGAGUCUAUAACAAAUGACUCAGAAGAUUGCUCACACUCUAAUCUUGACUGUGAUCAACUUUUGGAAAAGAAUACUGCUCUCUUUAAAGAAAAUAGUAUAUUGAAGAGUCAAUUUGAGCAAGCGAUCCAAACAGCUAAUCAACUUCAAGAUGUUAAUCUUAAGAACGUAGAAUUAACAUCUCAAAUCAGAGAACUAAAGAACAAGAACGAAGAUUUAUUAAAACGUAUUUCAUUAAGUGCAAAGACAAACAAUGAUCUUACAAAUAAGCUUGAAAAAGAGAAACAAGCCAAGAAUCAACUUAAACAAGAAUAUGACACACUGAUUCAAAACGAAGUUCGAAAAACUAAGAAUAUUUACAAAACACAGUACGAUGCUUUGCUUGAUCAAGUUAAAGCUAUCCAAGAAGCUCGUGAAAAUGAUGCUAUUUCCCAGAAAGUACACGCAGCCAAAAUUGGAAAAGUUUUGGAUGCAGCAAAGCACUAUUUCCAAACAGAUGUUGCUGAUUUAGAUUCUUUAAUUACAUUAUUUGAUAAUAGUUCUUUAAAUCAGCCAGCAAUUCAUCAAGCUGAAAAUCAGAAAGCUCCAAAGUUAGAUAAAUUGGCUGAUCAAUAUGAAACAGACGAAAGUAUCUCAAAGGAACGAAUUAAGAAGUAUAAAUCACAGUUAAAGUCUGCAAUGGCAACAAUUGAUGAGCUUGGAUCCCAGAUUCAGUCAUACAAACGUUCACUUGUUGAAUCAGAACAGAAGCUCAACAAAGCAGCCUCAGAAAGCAAAGAUAAGCUCACUAAACUUCAAGAGGAGAAGGAGAAUAUUCAGCGUGAAAAUCAACGUACAGUUAAUUCUUUGCAAUCAAAGAUCCAAUUCUUAACAGAAAAAGUAGAUAGAUUGAGCGUUAAAAAAGAAGAUUCUUAUAGAGCUCCGAAAGCAAUUAAUCAGCAGCCAUCAUAUAUAGCUCCACAACAACCUUCAAUGGCUCAACCAUCUCCUAUUUAUUCACCUGCACCAAUCAAUCAAAAUGCUGUUGAUGAUGUUCCUCAAACAAACAAUGUUCAGGUUAUGCAACAGCUUAAUGAUCAGAUAACAACACUUACAAAUCAAAUCAAGCAAGAAUCUAAGAAGAAUGAUAGACUUGUUAAAGAAAACCAGGAUCUUACAAAUGAUCGCGCUCAUCUUGCAACAAGUUUAUCACAGAAGGACAGUGAAUUGAUGGCAUUACAAGCUGUCCAUUCUGAAUCACUCAAAGAAAUAGAAACUCUUCGUGCAGCACUUAAGAAUCUUUCAACUGACAGACAAAAGCAAUUAGACUUAUCAUUGAAGAAAGAAUUAAAGAAACAACGCUCUGCUUUAGUUCAACUCGAAUCUUCACUUGAUCAAACAACAAAGCAGUUAAAGGAUGUUGAAUUCGAGCGUGAUAAUCUCUCAGUCAACAUGAAAUCACUGAAUACAAAGAUUCAAACAUUAGAAAACGAAAUUUUGCAAUUGAAGGAUGAAAAUAAUGCACUUCAAAACGAACUCGCAGACGAGAAAGAAAAAUUGUCAAGGAAGAAAAAUGUAACAGAAGAAGAUGUUAUGCCAAUAUCAGCAUGGUCAUGCGCCGAAUUCUCUUCAACACUUGCUUCGGAUGUUUCUAAGAUUGCAAGAAAUAACUCAUUAAAACCACCUUCAAAACUUGCUGCAAUAUACAAGAUAAUCAUACAAUACUUUGAAAAACAAAUGGAGCAUAGAGAUAACGCAAUCAAGGAAAUUUCUGAUGCUCUUGAUAAAGUUAAAGAUAUGGCAUCAUCAAUGAUUGUUGCAGCUUCUCUUGCUUUCACAGGUGAAGCACCUCAAUCAAAUUCGAUUUUAUGCGAAACAACUGUUGCUAAACUUGUUCAAAUUCUUAAUGAUUAUCCUCGUGAAAGAUCUGAUAUUCAAAGAGAAUUGCAACUCUUGCAUUCUUAUGUUGAUAUGUUUAAUUCAACAUUUGGAAUUGAAGAUACAAGAGAUUUAACAACAAUGACAGAAAACGUCAAGAAAGUUCAUGAAGCAAUUAAUGCAAAACUUAAACUCGGAGAAAAACGUCUAAAGAAACUUAGAGCUCUAGAGGACAAAUUAGAAACAUACGAGGAUGAUACAAAGCGUGAACGCAAACAACUUGAAGCUGAAAUACAAACAAAUAAUGAUAAGAUUCAAGAUCUAGAGCUUAACUUGCAAAAAGCUAAUGAUGAUAUCCGCCGCUUGACAACAGAAAAGCAAAACUUGGCAAAAGAAAAAGCUCGUGCAAAUGAUGAAGUUGCUAAUUUACAGAGUGAACUUGAGAAGGCUAAUGAAACUGCCAAAGAAGUUGAAAACAACCACAACCAGCAGAUCAAGCAAAUACAGCAAGAUGUUUUGAACAAUAGUGGCGGAAUUAUUAAACAAAAAGAUGCAAGAAUUCAAGAUUUAGAGACCCAGUUAGUUCAAGCAACAAAAGCACUGUCAACUCAAAAAUCAACACUUGAAGAAAAACUUGCCGAAGUUGAUGAACUCAAAGAAGAACUCGAGAAAACAAAGAAGGAUUCAGUUGCAACAAUCCAGCUUGAAAAAGCCGCAUUAAUUGACAGCUACGAAAAAGCAUUACGUGCACUUAAAGAACAAUGUGAUCUACAUAGAAAAGAUGUAGAGUCAUUAAGUGAAAGAUUAUCACAAGCACAAGAAACAAUCAAGAAAUCACAAAUCUCAAUUCUUCAACUUAAGAAAGAGAAUAAACAAUUAUCAAGAGAUAAUACUAACAUUCGGGAUGAAUGUGAUCGCGAAAAGAGGUUAUCAGAUACAGUUUGCCAGCAAAAGAUUGCCUCUGCAGAAUCAGAUCUCACUAAGAAAUUCACAGAAAAGCUAACAAUUGCUGAGAAAGAAAGGAAGCGGCUUAUUACUUAUAUUUUAACAGAAUUGCGUCCAUUCUCUGAUUGUCCGUCAACAAUUGAUGAAAAGACAGCAAGAGCUACAAUUAUGCAGUCUAAAGAUCUUCUUUCUAAACUAGUUAAGUCAGAUUCUUCUAUUAGACGCAUUGUUUUUGCUUCAGAUAGUCAAACAACUGAAGAAGCUGUAGCACAAGCUGUACUUAAUUCACAAUAA